AUGCGUAUCAGUAGCGACCCAUCGAGGGAGGAGGAGGAGGGCAUUGAGAACUGUGAAAGGCUUUAUCCUUAUCGUAUACCUGUCCCAAGACCCGUACCUGUCCCAAGACCCGUACCUGUCCCAAGACCAGUACCUGCCCCCAAGGCGUACCUGUCCCAAGACCCGUACCUGUCCCAAGACCGUACCUGUCCCCAAGACCCGUACCCUGUUACAUCCCGUACCUGUGGGGCCCAUGCACCUUCCCCAAGACCAUGCCUGUCCCCCAAGACCCCGUACCUGUCCCAAGACCAGUACCUGUCCCAAGACCCGUACCUGUCCCAAGACCAGUACCUGUCCCCAAGACCCAUGCCUGUCCCAAGACCAGUACCUGCCCCAAGGCCCGUACCUGUCCCCAAGACCCGUACCUGUCCCAAGACCAGUACCUGCCCCAGGCAUGCCUGUCCCCAAGGCCAUUACCUGUCCCAAAGACCCGUACCUGUCCCAAGGCCGUACCUGUGCACCUGUAGCCUCUGUUUCACCUGA